AUGUCGUUCUUUAACUCCAUAGGUCGGUCGAUGGCCCGUGCUCCUCGCCCUCCAAAACGAUCUACAACUCCUACUUCGUCAUCCUUUCCCUCUACGGAGUCGCUGCCUAAUACUCCAACUACACCCUCUGCUCCAAAGCCUCUAUAUCUUUGUAGCCCCUUCGUUGAGGCAGCUUUGGUGAAAGGGAACUUUAAACAUAUAGUAAUGCUGCCAAAGUAUGCGGACGUCAUGGAAUGGGUUGCAGUAAAUAUCUUCGACUUUUAUCAGAACCUGAACCAGUUCUACGGUGUUCUGGCGGAAUGCUGCACCCAGCAAUCAUGCCCGACUAUGACGGCUGGUCCGGCAUUGAAUUAUACGUGGAUUAACCAAGACCGAAAGAGCGUUCAGCUUCCUGCACCUACUUACAUAGAUUACGUGAUGACGUGGGUGCAGAACUUGCUCGACGACGAUAAUGUCUUCCCGACCAAGUCAGGACGGGAAUUCUCCCAGACAUUCCCUUCUACCGUGAAGCACGUCUACCGUCAGCUACUUCGUGUGUUUGCACAUCUGUACCACGCACACUACCCCCAGAUCCUGCACUUGCGGAGUGAACCGCACUUUAAUUCCCUUUUUGCUCACUUUCUUGCUUUCGGAAAAGAAUACGAGCUGCUAGACAUCAAAGAUGUAAAGGGACAACCAGGUAUUCCGGUCGGUAUCGGGGCACUGUGGGAGCGGUGGAAGGAGAUGGGUAUCCUGGAGUCUUGA